CCACUUUCAAAUUUCAACGGAUUGAGAAUGCCCACACAACCCUAGAGAAUCUGGGAACUCCUCAUAGCCAUUGAUUUUCACUGAGGGUGUCAGAUUUAACUCUCCUUUUCAUUGUCGCUUUCAUUUUUAUUCGUGUAUACCCUUUUACAUAAAUCUAUAGUGGGUCUUCAGUUUUUACGACUCUGAUACGAUUUGUGGAAGAUUGAGAACUUGGACAAUGAUGGGUGUUCUGUGAUUGGGUUUCUGAGUGUUUGGUGCUAUUAUUUGAAUUGGGUAUUAAUUAGUUUUGUUCAAAUUUUAGAGAGAGACUGAAAUUUUAUGAUGAAUUUUAAGGAAUUAUGGACCAAGAAGACAUUUUGUCAGUCUUGGUUUGGGGAUGUUACUUUUAUCUUCUAAUCACUUUAACAGGCUUUUCAUCUUCUGAAUUAGCCAGAAAACGUAUGUUUCUCUUUUUUCAACAGGUUCUAUACUCUCAUGGUCUUGUCUACUGCAUUAUAUGGGAAACCAGCAUUUAGGAAUCUCAUUUGCAAUGGGCUUAUCCUUGCUGAGUAUGGUAAAAAGAUGAGUAAAAGAUUGAAGAACUAUCCUCGAUGUAUGGAAGUCAUUAAUGAAUACAGGGCUGAUGCGUUACGACUGUACCUUAUUAAUUCACCAGUUGUUCGUGCAGAGCCUUUUUUCGAAAAGGAUGGAGUUUAUGGUGUUGUCAAGGAUGUUUUUCUGCCGUGUUACAAUGCAUACAGGUUCCUUGUUCAGAAUGCAAAAAUACUUGAGAUGGAGGGAUUUACACCAUUUGUUCCUAUUGAACAGUACUCUUCAAAAGUCAUCUAAUGUGCUUGAUCAGUGGAUCAACUCGGCCACUCAGAAUCUAGUUCGUUUUGUCUGCAAAGAAAUGGAUGCAUAUCGAAUGUAUAUGGUUAGAUUUCUGCUAAACAUUAUCGCGUAUUUAUUACUUUUUAAAGAAAUACAUUGUAGUUAGAAGAUGUGAAGCCUUUAGAUGAUUGAAAUACUCUAGUAUUAUAUAGCAAGAAAAACAGGCUUGAAAUCUCCUUGCCUGUCAAACGAUUAAUAUAGCUUUUAUAGGAUUCUCAUUAAGUAUAUUGCAUGUGGUGAAGAGAUGGUAUAUGUAUGAGCCUCAUAUCCUUUGUUGUAGCAGCAUAAUUUAUUGAUGAUGUAAUUUACGGGUGUCGAAUUGCCUGGCCUAAAGAGUCACCCGGUAGCUCAUUUAGGUAUGAGCUAUCAGGUGCGGUCUAUAAGUUUACUGUAAAUUUGCACAGGAAAGGAGAGAAGAAAAAACUUCAUAUAUUGCAUUACCGAAUAAUAAAGUUACAAAAGAUGAGAUUUAAUAUAAAGCCUAACUAGAAGAUGAAAGGACAGUUAUCUCUAAUAAAUACAGAUAAGUAUAUAAAAAUACAACUCCCUAACACUGCAUAAGUUUCAUGAUGUGUUGUAGUAGCACUACUGUUUGCAUUAAUUAUUUGCUUUUUGUGAUAACAUUCGUCAUCGCAUUGAACUAAAAAGCACAGUGGUGACUUGGAAGCAUUACAUGAACAUAGAGACAUGGAUAUGUGAAUGUGACAUGAUCUAAAACUGUAAUCAAGUAGACAGCAUGGACAAAGUGGUAUAAGGAUGUUUUCAUAGAUAGACAUAUAUAUUGUUUAUGAUCGUGAUAAAUCUUUUAUUUAUUUUUUAUGUUUCUAUGUCAAUAGUUGCAUAAUUCAGAAAUGCAGUACUUGGCAUUUAUUGUAGACAUAAUUAUAUUAUUGUACACUUUGCCUUACAAUUUUUAAAAUUGCAAUUGUGGCAGCCAUGCGUCUUCAUUUUAAUUUUUCCUUUUUUAUUUUGGUUUCUUAUUUUAUUAUUAUUAUUAUUAUUUUUGUAUUUUGGUUAAAAGAAAUGUUUGUAAAUAAUGGAUAUGUCCAUGGCAUUUCAAAGGUGCACGAGACUUUUGUGAAGUAGUGUUUUUGCUACAUUGAUAGCUUGUUGAGGAUUGUCAAAUUAUUGAGUGGCUUAGAACCAUCUAUCUAGAAUUUAAUAUGUUUUUUUGGGUUGAUUUAUUUAUUUAUUUUUUGAUAAUUAGGAUUGCAAUAGAAAACGCUCAAAAGUGGAAUGCAUCCCUCAAAACUCAAAAGCUACAGAAGACCAAAUAGGGCCUCUAGACCCUCAAAUAGUCCAAAAAUUCAACUGUCACCCCAUGGAUUUAUAAUUUCUCGUUAGACCUCACAAAAAAGAGUAUUAAGAAUGGAGAACUUCAGUGCCCCAAUAGGUGUCUCCUUUUCUUCAAAGGAUCUGCUGUUUUUUCCAAGCCACAGACACCACUAGACAACACAAAGGCGCUACCCUCCAUAAGUCAUGGACUUGGGUCCCCACUAUACAUCCUCUCAUGCCUCUACCAAACCUCUCAAAAAAACAUGUUAUGUCUUAGAAAACCUACUUGCCAUUAACGGCUGUUUCAGAGGUGGAUUCUAUAACUGACUAGAAAUGUUGUGUUUUUUCAGUUCAUAUGGGUUGCUUUUCUGUUUUCCAU